GUAUGUUUGUAGCACUCAGCCUAGUUCGGGGCAGCAGCGGGCCUUAUGAUUUCCGACUUUCUCGUUAGGACGAGAGUAUUCCCCACCGGCUUCCCCAAACAGCUUGCCCCGCAGGAUAUCUCCAGGGCUUGCGCUUCUGGGGACGGCACGUGUAGCACCUUGGACGGGCACAUGGCUAAUCGUCCACCGGAUAAAUUGGCAUUACUGCCGUUAGCAGCAUUACGCCUACCGUCGGUGGCGUUAAGAAUCGCGUGAGGGCGGUAAUAGGAUAUCUAUUACUAGGCGCAUAACUCCGUUCUUGAAUCUUCACUUACGACAUAUAAGCUUGACUUUGUCUCCGGUGCCAGACACAAGUCUUGUAGUUCUACAACACCGACCAAAGGAAGACAAUAUCGCAAUAUACACGACACUCAAAUUCACUACUAUACAAAACAAUGGCCAACGCAGAGGAGCAAUACAAGCUCUCGCAAGAGCAAAUCGACUUCUUUCUGGACAACGGAUGGUUGAAGUUGAGCAACUGCUUUACAAGAGAGCAAGCAGAAGGACUACAGGAAACGCUCUGGACACGAUUGGGGAUGGAUCCCAAAGACAUGUCGACAUGGCAUACCGAACGAACAAAUAUGCCCUUCUUCAACGAGUUCUCUGUCGAAGAGUUUGCACCAAAAGCCUGGGCUGGAAUUUGCAACCUUGUCGGUGGCAGCGACCGCGUUGAUUCUAAUGCGUCGACUUGGAAAGAUGGCUUUAUCGUAAACCUCGGAACGCCGGAGGGUCACAACAAAGUGGUACGCCCACAAGAGCUACCUGGCUGGCACGUCGAUGGAGACUUCUUUGUUCACUACCUCGAUUCACCCGAGCAAGCGCUUUUGGUCAUCCCGCUAUGGUCAGACAUCGCUCCAGGCGGUGGUGGAACCUACAUUUGUCCUGCCGCCAUUCCCACUGUGGCGAAACAUCUAUAUGAGAAUCCUGAUGGAGUCAGCCCAAGGAUGACGCCAAGAGCGCAAAACCCAGAGUUUGUGCAAGAGCAAGGACUGAAGUGGUUUAAUGACCUAGCUGCCAGUAUGCCCGAUGAGGCUUUCGUGGAAGCCACCGGUGUAGUUGGCGACGUCUACCUUUUGCAUCCGCUGAUGCUGCACUCGGCGUCCAACAACCAACUUCGUCGAGUCCGCGUUAUCACCAACCCACCAGUGUCGGUUAAAGAGCCCUUUGUGUUUGAUCGUGCCGAUGGAAACUACAGCGCUGUAGAGCGCAAGACUAUGAAGGCGCUGGGGAAGGACAAGCUUGAGGGGUUCAAGAUCACUGGAAAGAGGCAACAAGUUAUUCCCGAGCGGGUGCGGAUUCAAGAAGAGAUGAAGAGGAAGGAGGAGGAGAGGAUGCGCAAAUUGAAGGAAGGAGCGGGGAUAGGUGAAGCGAAGGAUGCAAGUCAGACGGUCGCUACUGCUGCGUAGGUUUGUAGUAAUCAAUUGACUUCGAUAUUAUGGUUGAGCACGGUUCUAAGAACACA